AGCUGGCUAGGUUCUUAUGAAUCAUUCAGUUAUGAUGAAAUGUGGUUUGCAUUGAUAGGUUGAUUGAGAAAAUUUCAGUGAAAAUGGUACCAGUAAUCUCACCCUGUUCAGAAGAGAUCCUAGCCGCCGCGCUGCAGCUUGCUCAGCUAGCAGUGGAAAUCCAGGAAGGAAAUGUAACUGCCGCUGCUCAGCAUCUGCUACUGCUCUUAGACCCUACAAACUUCUCGCAAAAUGUCACCGUCACGACUUCAAAUCCCAUAGCAACUACGAUCAACAAGGUACCGCGGGACGGGCCAGGUGCCCUCAUGUACAUCAUCUGUGUAAUGGUGCUCUUCGCUGCGCCAAUGAUUGCUCUCAUCGUGCGAUAUCUCUGGGGAGAACGUGAAUCGAGCCGCAUGGAGGCCUUCUAUAGCAGAAUAAUGGAAAAUAAACCACCAAGGAUGAUCCUGUACGACUACAACGGUCGGCGCUUAACCAAACCAGAGCUGUUGACUCCAAAUCCUCACCGCAAGAUGACGUAUCACGGCAUUCCCUACACAGAGGGGUACUACAACCCUUCCUCCUACUGUAUUAGAGUCUCUUCCUUAGCACGUUCUGACUCGAGCUUAACAACAUCAACGCGCGCGAAUGGUGCCGGCGAGAAGAUACCCACCAUUUAUCUUUCCGAGGGCAAGUGGCGCAGGUGGCUUGGAUCGAUCAGCUCCGCUGGUACUCCUGACUCGCCGGAGUCACGAAGCUCAUUCAGUCAAGGGGCUUCACCCACCUCGCCUGAGAUCUACCUGACUCCGAGCACUCCGACGUCCGAGCGAGCCAACUCCUUACCUUCGGUUAAUUUUCCCCUGAAGCCCAUCGCUCUCUGGAGGAACCGGUCCGCGUCUGCGAGCCCUGAGACGCUCCCAACUCUGGGGUUUCUUUCAAGGCUCAGAAAUUUACACAAGGAAAGCGCAUCGAAGUCCUAUCAGGAUUCAGAAGAAAAUUCUGGUAUUGAUUCAACGUCUGACCUCUUAACAAAAGACGACAUAAAUCAGAAUGCUACUGAAAAUUCGUAUGACAAUGAAGCUGCCGAGUUGGAAGGUAGUUAUGGUGCACCUGGGUCCACAAAAUUUGUUGCUACGGGAAAGCCGCCAACGGAAUCUACGACGAAUAAAUGUGAAUCUCAACAAUCUGUUCUCCCUCUGCAACCAGAAACCAGCCCGCCUCACCUACAUGUAUCUUGCACGGUUCCAAUUCUUCACGAGACCUCAGGCCGUCAUUUGUCUAAUACGAGCCCACGCUCUACUCCUGGUCAUGAGAUCGAGUCCCAGGGCUUGAUCAACGUGAACGUCAAGCGCACCAGAAAAGAGUCUCAUCUUUGACUUGCUGACGGUACUUUUCAGUCAGCACACAAUUUGUAAAAAUAUACUCAUGAAGUAGAAUCUAAUACUCUUAUUUAGCAUUCCUAGCACAUAAUUGUUAGUCUUUGAAAGCCUAAUUUAGUUAUUCCUAUUUUGAUCAUGUUCGAGAAAAAAUUCAUUCAGUUCACUAUUCGAUUUCCUUAAUGCUCCUCCUGUUCACGAAUGAGAAACCAGAUGACAGGAAUACAGAACUUCUUUUUCUCAAAAAAUCGAAUUUAAGUGUAGAACAGAACUCUAUGUUCAUUUGAAUAAAAACCUCAGAUAAACGUAAACUAACUCGCAUUUAUUAAUCGUAACACAUUGCCAGGUUGGCAGGCCCCAUAAAGCCAUAAUUAUGUAUCCGUAUAUAUUAUACGCUUUUUGUUUUCAUCGCAGUGCAUUGUUUAGCUGUUCUGAAUGAAGAGAUUAAAUUAGAUUGAUUUAUCAAACGCAAAUUUUAGCAUUUACUCAGUUUUAAUAUACUCAAUAGUGGAACGUAAUUUUAAAACCUCUUGAAUGGCUAAAUUA